UUUAUUCAUUUAAAACCGAAAUUUAUAAGCAAACCACCUUAUUAUGAUACUCCAUCGAAAUUACGAGAUACUCGUCAGUGUUGCAAUAUACGUGAUUGUUAAAAUUGUUUGUAUGUUUGUGAAUAAACGUGCUCCAAUGCAUUAUAAACCCACGCCCACACUCACUAGUAUACCUGAAAGAAUCGAAUAUGAUGAGGAGGCUGUGAAAUGGGUAUCCAAAAAGAAGCACGAGGUACUAAAAGCCAAAUACAAAUGUCUGAAGAAACUUUUUCAAAUAUACGAUGCUAGUGUCAUUGGUAUACUCCCUGAAACGUAUUCGCAUGAACCGCAAACUCCGAAGGAUAUUGAAGAAACGAAACAUAGACGAAAGAAAUCGAUACAUACCGAAACGGAGGUCAGUGCAUCUACCGAUAUCGACGUGGGCGAUACAGAAACGUCUGCGGCAAACGCUGUCAUUAGAGACUUAAAACUGGAUAAAAUACCAUCUGAAACUAAAUCCAAAAUCACAAUAACAAAAGACGAUAAAAGCACGCAGGAUUCUAAAGAGAACCUUCUUAUUGAUAGCGAGAAGGAAAUUGUUAUCCAGCCUCAUCCGGUACCGUAUUUGGUAAUAAAUGAAAAUGUAAAGAGGAGACCAACACGUUUCCAGUGCUUCAUUCAAAGAAUCUUAGGUAUAAGGCGCGAGAGUUCCUCAUAUGUUUUGUCCCACGACCGUCAAUAUGCCGCUAUUGAUAAUAAUGUAUCAAAUAGGUAUGAGAAACGGCGUCGGCGAGGACUUAGGCUCAGGAGUUCUCGACGUACGAAAAAAACCCAUUCGGAGAUUGAGUUGAGAGACGAAAAAAGUCCAGUCAUUUUAUCGUACGUGCAAUCCAUACAGAGAAAUUGCUUGAUGGAUACCACGCCUCGAUAUUGUCCCAUGGUUGGCUGUAAAAUGUUACUAUAUGGUAUAAUAAACUACAACGACCACCUUAACCUCUGCCACUUUGCCGACCGCACGUACGUCUGCGUGUACUGCCACGAGGGGUUCACCCGAGAGCACGACAAGGCCGUCCACGAGCAAGAGCACAUCGGCAUCACAAAGCUGGUUGCGCCGCCAUCCACCGCGAGAUUCUCAACAAAAAUCGCGAGCGACACCCAAACGGAUCCAGAAAUAUCCAAAAUAGAUGUCCCAGAAGAUAAAUUGCAGAAAAUAGUUUCGUUUUUCGACAGAAUCUCCGAUCCCGAACAAAUGAUCGAAGAGUUCAACAAAAACCCGACGAACUUGCAAUUGUUACACAGGAAUCCGAGAUCCAAUACCGUAUCGUUGUCUGGUUCGGAGAAGUCCAGUUCAGAUAGGAAUGCGGGUAGUUUGCCAAAGACGCGUAGUAAGGUGACAUCGACGGUGAAUUCUGACCUGACCUCAAACUAUCUUUGCGUACCACCUGUCAGAUGUCAAUUGUGUGGAGAAAAUUUCGAUUAUAGGGGUCAGUUGAACUUGCACCUCGACCAACACCAUCGUAAUCACAACAAGUUCACAAAAUACAAAAGCUGCGCUGGUAUCCUCAACCGCUCCAACCAUGAUAGCUCGCUCAACGUGCAACCCCCGACCCAAAGCUUAACCAGAUCCAUAGCAACAACGGAUGUAUCGAACAUGUCGAAUCUAACGAAGGUGUCUAGGAGAAAAUCCCAUGAGACCUUGAGCUAUGAACCGUCUACCAAUAUUGUUUACUACACCUCUGAGGAGUCUGUGAAAAAACCGAGUUUCGUUCAGAAAGUACGCAGCGGUUUUCUUUAUAAAUGGGAACCCGGUACUAAGAUUAUACGUGUGUGAACUGUCACUUCCGAAAACUAGUGUUGUUUUGUGC